AUGGGUGAUCCUUAUGCUUCUGGUGACUAUAGUGGCGGAGGGUAUCCUGCUCAAUAUUCAAUGCCGCCUCCAGCAGUUAGUUCGGGAGAUAAUAGUUUUAAUUCCGGUCAACAACCAGGGGGCUACAAUCAAAAUAAUUAUAGCCAAAAUUCAGGUGCGGCUUGGAAUCCACCAAGCUCCGGAAGUGGAAGUGGUGGAAGCUAUGGUGGUAAUCAAAACGAGAGCAAUUUUAACUAUGGAUCCUCUUAUGGGGGUGGUGGAGGCGGCGGCGGAGGUGGUUAUGACCGAAACAAUGGCAAUAACUACAAUGUGAGUGGGGGAGGAGAUCGAGGAAGCAGUAAUUACGGUGGAGGAGACCGUGGAAGUGGUUAUGGAAACAGUGACCGCGGUGGUGGAAACUUUGGUGGAAAUGACAGGGGUGGCUCCAACUAUGGGGGCGACAGAGGCGGAGGAUACUCUGGAGACCGAGGCUAUGGCGGAGGCGGAGGUGAUAGAUCAAGCUACAAUAGAGAUGGGGGGAAUAGAGAAGGAGGCUAUGGUGGCGGCGGCAGGGGGGGUGGUUAUAAUAAAGGUGGCGGUGGAGGCUACGGCGGAGACCGAGGUGGGGGUGAUAUGAUAACUCAAGAAGACACAAUCUUCAUCCAAGGCAUGAACCCAUCGACAACUGAGGACGAGUUAUGUCAACAUUUUGGUGCUAUUGGCAUAAUUAAGACCGAUAAAAAAACACAAAGACCGAAAGUUUGGAUGUAUAAAGACAAAGCUACUGGUCAGCCUAAAGGGGAAGCAACAGUCACUUAUGAAGACUCGAACGCCGCCUCAUCUGCUAUUCAGUGGUUCGACGGGAAGGACUUCAAUGGUGCCACCGUGAAAGUAUCCCUUGCUCAGAGACAGAAUACCUGGGGUGGCAAUAAGGGUGGCGGUGGAGGUGGUGGCGGAUACCGCGGUGGUAGAGGUGGCGGCGGCGGAGGAGGUGGUGGAGGAGGAGGAGGAGGUCGCGGGGGUGGCGGUGGUGGCGGAGGCGGACCACCUUCUGGCAAUAGAGCCGGUGACUGGAGAUGUCCGAAUCCAAGCUGCGGGAACACUAAUUUUUCAUGGCGGAAAGCUUGCAAUAGAUGCAACGAAGAGAAGCCCGGCGGAGGUGGUAACGGUGGAGGGGGAGGUGGCGGUGGUGGUGGUCCACCUCCUGGUCGCGGAGGCGGUGGUGGAAACGGACCUCCGGGACGUGGAGGACGUGGAGGAGGCCGCGGGGGUGGUGGAAGAGGAGGAGGAGGAGGCGGCGGGCGGAGGGUGGGGUGGAGGACGGCCAGACCGUAG